CAUUCGCUUCAUAUUUCUUGCCGUUUUCCGAUCGUCGUUUCCGGAGCUGCGUUGGCCGACUUGUCGGAUCUCUCUCUCUCUCUCUCGGUGGAAGGCAAUAACAAACGAUAAAGAUGCAUGAAGAAAUUAUGGGAAGAAUUGAUAGAAAAUCAUCCAUAGAAAAUGAGCCAAGGACUCUCAAAAUGCACCAAAUUCAAUUUGCAAGGGAAGCAGCACUCUAUAUCCUAAACACCACCACAAUAGAUGAAGCAAUGAGGAUUUUCACAGAGGGAUUAGAAACAGUAGAAUGCAAAGCAACUCGAGAUAGAAAUAUAAAUGGGAGGAAAAAACAAGUCUACUAUGAAGAAGAACUUAGUGAUUUAGAACCUCUUUAUCGAUUCAGAGAUAUUGUCUCGGCCCCUUUUUAACUGAGCUAUGACUAUUAGUCUCAUAACUAUUAAUAUUGAAAUUAUUUAUAUAUAUAGUUUUUUUUACUAGUUUUAGUA